AUGGCACCAGCACCAAUUGACGAACGCAUCAAGGAUUUUGCGGAGCCUCGCAAAGACACCCUCGGCCUACCUGAGCCGGCUCUCCUUCGCCUGAAGAAGGCCGGGGUCGACCUCUCUAACGGCUACCCUUACCGACCAUCAAGGCCACUAUACCUAGACGACGUCUACCAAAUCCGAAAUAAAGAGUGGAAACACGAAGAAGCGGGAGCGCGUGCCGAUAAAUCGAAGUCAGCGCUCCUGUCAGCAGCCACCAAAGUGACGGACCUAACCGCACACAUCGGAACCGAGAUCGAGGGCCUGCAGCUCAAGGACCUCACAGACCAGCAGAAAGACGAGCUAGCGCUUCUCAUCGCAGAGCGGAGCGUCGUCUUCUUCAGGGACCAGGAUCUCUCGCCCCAGCAGCAGCUAGCGCUUGGCAAGUACUACGGCGAGGUAGAGGUGCACCCGCAAGUCGCCCAAGUCCCCGGAAACCCCGGCGUGACCGUAAUCUGGCCAGACCUACAAGCGACCGAGCGAGCCGCCAACUUCCGGAACCCGGGCGGGGCAUCGCGAUGGCACACGGACCUAGUGCACGAGCUACAGCCGGCGGGGAUCACGCACCUGCACAACGACACGAUCCCGCCUAUAGGCGGGGACACGUUAUGGGCGAGCGGGUACUCCGCGUACGAGAAGCUGUCGCCCGACUUCCGGAAGAUAAUCGACGGGAAGCUCGGGGUCUACCGAUCCGCACACCCGUAUUUAGACCGAUCGAACCCGGAAGCCGGGCCGAAGCACGUGGAGCGGGUCCACCCCAUCGUGCGCGUGCACCCUGCGACGGGAUGGAAGGCGCUGUGGGUGAAUCGGGCGAUGACGGAUCGGAUCGUAGGUUUGGACAAGGCGGAGAGCGAUGUGAUCUUGAACUACUUGUACGACGUAUAUGAGAAGAAUGUCGAUAUCCAAGUGCGGUUCCGGUGGACGCCGAAUACCAGCGCGCUGUGGGAUAACAGAAUUACAAUUCACAACGCGAGCUGGGACUACGGCGGGAAGUACCCCAGACACGGGACGCGUGUGACGACUUUGGGCGAGAAGCCAUACUUCGAUGCUUCGGCUCCGACUAGACGUGAGGCUCUUGGUCUUCUGGACGAGAGUGAGAAGCAGGUAGAUGGGCCUGCCUAAGAACUUGUUAUCUGUGAUCGGAGAUAGUAAAUUAGCCAAACUUUUAAAAUCCGUUCCAUCAAACAGUUAAAGGAUUCGCGUAUCUUCUUGUGUGACAUAUGGGGUAUCACGUGAUUCGG